AAGCGGACACAAGCAGCCUAGUUCAGACUCCUGGACCAGCUUCGCUGCAAUUCCUGGACCAGCUUCGCAAGCAAACCUUUCAAUUUGGUCGAGGUAGCCACCGUAUUGGGGCGCUUUGGAGUGACGUCAGUGAACAGAGCCAAAGGGGUUGCCGUCCGGGGGAAUCGUCCAUUGACCAUUCUCCAGCUCAGUGGGCGCCAUUGGCAUGGGCUCAAUACAUCUAGAAUCAGGUACAUUCUGCACACCUGAGAACGACUCAUUGAACGAGCAGCAGUUGACAAGUCCACCAGCUCGGGCUGCCCCCUGCACAAACUUGGCUUGCCAAGUUGUUGGAGGGGGUUUGCACAUAUGGGAGCGAUGUAAGGCGCGUGAGUGUGUCAAAGUCUAGUCAGGGAUGGAUCCCGAGCUGGAGGAGCUGGCUGCGAGCGAGGUCUCGAGCAGCCUGGCCUUCAGAUCCAUCACUGAGCUGCAGUCGGACGGGAAGAUUGAUGCGGAGAAGGCGCAGCGAUGGAAGAAAAAGUACGAAGAGCUCCACUCGGCGCUGAGCGUGAUCCUGGCAAACGACCGCGGCCUGCUGGCGCGCGCAUCUGACAUGAACCGGCAGCUGCAGGACGACAUGCUGCAGCUGGAGAAGCUUAUGGUGCGCUCGCACCAGGAGAACAGCGAACUAGAGAUGCUGCGCGAAGACUCCGAGCAGGCGGAGGUCGAGUGCGCGUUGUGCCGGGAGAAGGAACAGAUGCUGGGGCUCGAGGAUGUGGAGCUGGUGCGGCAACGGGACGAGUGUCAGAAGAAGAUUGAGGAAAUUGAGCGGGAGCACCAGGCGGCGCUUGUGCCGGUGAUACGUGGGCAUAAGGACGCGAUCGAGGAGCUGCAAGCGCGCAUUGCGGAGGGCCACUUGAAGCACGAAGCGACCAAGAAAGAACAGGAGGAUAUCCACACGAAAAUAGGCAGGCUCGUUGCCGAGAGCGCUGAGCUGGCGGAGACUGCGGAGCGGGAGCGUGAACGCCUACGAGCAAUGGAGGGAGUUCCCGACAAAAUCCGGAAGCAGGCGGAGACAGAGGCGACGGUCAUGAAGGGGCUGCGGGUACAGGAGAGCCGGCUGCUGGACAAGAUGCGCGAGCAGGAGAUCGAGUCGACGAAGCUGUACGACAAGGUGCGGCGGCUGACGGAGCAGUUCACGGAGGCGUCUGCGGCGCUGGAGCGCAUCCACGUGGCGGCAGAUCAGAAGGACCGCCUGGCGGCGGACGUCCGGAAGGAUCUAGAGAUGGCGAGGCUGGAGGCGGAGCAGAUACUGGCGGACCAGGUGCAACUAGAGCAGCGUGUACAGGCGAUGGCAGCGGAGGCGAAGCGGGAGGGCGACGAGCACGCGCGGGGCAUCAAGGAGAAGGACGCCGUGCUGCGGAAGUACAAGAAGGCAGAGCUGGACAUUAAGCAGGCUGAGGGGAAUAUUCCUGGGCUGGUGAUGGGGCGUGAGCAGGCGGCGCGCGACCUGACUGCGGCGCAGGCGGAGCACAAGCGCCACGUGUCGGCCGUGGAGGAGCUCAAGAUGGAAACGGACGUCCAGAUGAACGCGUACCUGAAGCAGGAGAACGUGGGCAAGGAGAAGGCCGCCGUCGUGCAGGCCAGCUUCUUGGAGGUGGAGGAACUGGAGAAAGAGAUGGAGGAGGCGCGCGCGCAGGACAAGGAGCUGAAGGCGCAAGCGGGCGACCUGGCAAGCCAGCGCGAGCGCGCGUCGCGCCUGCUCUCGGUCCAGUUAAGCAAGCUGCGCGAGGCGGAGGAGGAGGUGAAAAUGAAGGAACUAGUGGUGGCGGAUUUGCGGCAGAGCGAGGCGGACGGGCGCAAGGCGCUCGCGGAGGCGCUCAAGCUGUACGACCUCGUGCGCACGCAGCGGAGCCGCUUCGUCACGCUCGCGCAGGCCGCGGCGCAGGGCAUCGCGGAGAUGCGCGAGAAGCUGACCAUUUUGGGCGCGGAGAUCGACAUUUUGAAGCGCUCCAUCACCGAGAAGGAGCGCGCGCUCGCGGACGCGCGCGCCACGCACGCGACGAGCCUCGCGGAGCGCGACGCGCUGCGGCAGCAGCUGCAGGAGCUCGUGGCGGACCUGCGGGCGAAACAGGUGACGGUGGACGAGCAGAUCAGCCAGAUCGACACGCUGAGCAGCAUCAUCAACAGCGCGGAGAAGGAGAUGCUGCGGCUGCGGAGGGCGUACCAGGGCGCCAUCGAGGCGCGGGACGCGAUAGGAGUCACGCUCAUCGACCGCAGCGACGAGAUCGCCAUUCUUUACGAAAAGGCCAACGUACUGGACGACAUCUUCAAGGCGGGCGCGGUGGAGCUGGCCGCGCGCGAGGACGAGAUCCGGCUGCUGCACCUGGAGCUCAAGGAGGCGCGCUACCAGGCUGACGUCACCAAGACGAAAUGCCCGCACGUGCCGGAGCUGCACGAGCAGAUUGCGGACCUGAAGGACGAGGUGGUUGCGGAGCGCGAGAAGGUGCGCAGUUUGGGCGAGGCGCUGGAGAUGCCGGAGAGGAACAGCCGGUGGAAGGAACUAGAGGGGCGGCUUCCGGACAAGGCGGAGCUGCAAGUCAAGAUCGGGCAACUGGAGGACCGCAUCAGUGAGAAGAAGGAGCAGAUCCUGGAGAAGGGGCUCAUCCUGGACGAGGUGACGAGCCUUUCGGACAAGCUGCGCGCGAGCGUGACGGACGGCAAGGACGGGGCGCUGCAACUAGCGAUGGAGGUGAACAGCUACCAGCACAAGAUCCGGGGGAUCACCCGCAAGAUGAUGGCCACCGUGUCAGAGCUCUCGCUCUAUCAGGCCGGCGCUAUCAAGCUGCAAGAGGAGAGGACGAAGCUGGCGGAACAUGUACAGCUGGCGGAGCAAAAACUUGAGGCCGGGGAGGCGCCAGACGAAAGCGCCGAGCGUGAAUGGAUGCGGCUGGAGCGCGAGCAGCGGACGGUGGAAGAGAUGCGGAUAAAGAUGGAGGAUGAGAAGGAAGAGGAGCCCACGUAUAUUGAGGGUGGCAUGCGGCAAUCACGCCCUUUGCAUACACAAGCCGAAGUUAGACCAAAUGCGUACAUUCCGGAGGACGAGGGGAUCCCUCGCCCGUAUGGGGGCCAUGCCCCCUUCAAACCGCUAGAAAAUGGAAGCACUAUGCGGCACAUACGGAAACCCGAACCGAAGCCAAUUCAAAUUUGA